UCAAUAACUCCAAGGCUCCGUCAUUGGUCCAGUCCUUUUGACUUUUUUGAACCACGCCCCCCUCUAUUCACUCACUUCCCCUAAAAGAGGCCACAACCUUCAAGACUUGAUCUGUUUUUGCUGUGACGUCAAUAUUAAUUGAGAAAGUGGACGUAGCCUUUGCAGUUUUGGUUAAGACAAUGUAAGUGUUAACGUCGGCCUGUCUUGUAAGGAGAGUUCUGGGUAGUUGUCUUGGCGAAAUCCACCUGCAAGUAGUUUAAAUCGCUUUUUAAAGCAUAUUUGCCCAGCCUCGUCGAGAACUAUUAUUGCAACCAACCAAUAGAAAGUGAGAGUUUUGAAAAGCAGCUGGUUCACGAGAAUAUGAUUUAGAUAUAGCUCAAAAUGAUGUUAUUUCAGAAUUGUUGGUUUUGCUUCGGAGAACUUGUUUACGAAAGUCUGCUACUUGGGAACCUCCUAGUAUCAAAGACAGUUUUGCAUUUGGGGAACGCCUGCUUAUAUAAAACUGGAAAAUGCCUUCAAAUUCUUCUUCAAGACCAAUCGCAAAGGAAACCCCUAACAAGCAAGCAAGCAAGGAGCUAGACCAAAAUCGAAUGGAAACAGUAAAAGAAGUUAAAAAGCCAUUAGGACAGAAUUCGAUCGAGGAAAUCACAGUUACGUCGCAACGGCUUUGCGAAGAUUACAUCCACGCACGGCUGCGUCGCUCCGGCAUUUCUGAUUUUGACAUCGCGUCGACUCUAGCGCAAACAGACUGCUCACUUAUGUUGCAGAGCAUGGGACAGAUUCUCGAACUGCGUUACCCAAAGCUCUUCAGUCAAAUAUCUGUGCAUUUGAGAGUGACAUACACCAACGAAGCUGUUGUUUGGGGGGCCUUUAAUAAGUUUGCCUCACACUUGUUCAUUGAUGGCAUCACGUGGGCGCGGAUCGUUGCGCUAUUUGCGUUCGCUGGUGGCUUGGCAGUCGAUUGCGCGGCGCAUGGAAGGGCGAUCUUUCUUGGUAGAAUCGGGUAUUGGCUUGCGGCGUUUAUUGCAAAAAAUCUUGCCAGAUGGAUACAAAAGCAUAAUGGCUGGCAUGGGUUUGUUAACCAUUUUUCUAAGCGGCAAAAGGCCCCAGAACCGAGGAUGGAUGACAGCAAACAUCACCCUUUCAAGAAAAUUAUCAGCUGGAUUUCACCAACCGUAUCUUAUGCUGCGUUGGUCACUGUGACAUCAUCAGUUGUUGUUGCUGCAGCCGCGUUUUUUACAAUUGCUUCUCCUGAACAGAACAAAAGUUAACGAGGCCAGAGCAAGGGUGAGGCUCAAGCAAGGCUUCAAAUUUGGUGGUGGUCCUAUCGCUUCAUUUUUGGUGCAGGCUAUUUCUGAACCAAUUUGAACAAUUGAUUUAUCGGCCAUGUAUAAUAAAGGUUUCCUCCAGACGUUUAACCUUGGGCAACCAAAUAACAUACAAUAAUAGUGGAGUUACAACGACUUGAAAUCAUUUUUCGAGGAUUUCGCUUUAAAUCGGCGAUUUGUUGCAAAAUUGUUGGACGAUUAACAACAAAAACAAUACAAACACUGAAUCCCGUGAUAAUGUUGAUUUUUGACGCUUGGUACACUUAUGACUAAACUGCAAAACAACUGAUAGACUUUUUGCAAUGUUAUUUUUAAAACAUAUAUUAGCAGAAGAACAACAAAGACGUAGCUUAGAGGGUGAGGCAUUUAAAUAAACAGGUUUUGAAACAGCAGCCUGAUGUUUUUCCAACUUGAUAUGCUCAGUUAUUUGAUGUUUGUUGUUUGGGAUUUCGGCAAUUAAACGAGUAGUUAAACUAAACAAAACAACUUAAAGGCAAUCUCUCACGACAUUGAUUGGUUAUAAGAACAAAGGGAUUUCUAUUGUUUCCAGUCCCCUUUUAAUUUAUCGCAUUGUAAAAAAUAUGGCGGAGUGCUGGAAUCGUGUUUAGGCUAUUGUUCCAGCUAUUGUUCUCGUUAACCAAUCCACAACGAGACAGAUUGCCUUUAAGAUAUAGGAAUAAACUAUAAUCAACGUGAUAUACAUAUAAAGCAACUUCGAGAGCACUGUUACUGCAAAUUUCGAUAUACAUCUUUUCGUUAAUUUUGGUAAUUGCUAUGUCAAAUCAACCACAUAAAAUUGACCGAGCCCAUUCUACCAGCAAGGAAAAUAUUAAACGUGUCAAUUUUCUUCAUUUUGGACGCUGAGUCAUGAAUCCUUGGUACCGGACUCAAAGUCAGCUUAGUUACAGUGCUUCGUGGCUCCGAGCCCCUCUGUAAGAGUUUCAUCUUUAAGACUAUGCAUCGUAAAUUCAUAAUCUUCACACAUUUUGCUGCCAUGCCUAUACGGCACUCAAAUAUUGAACAGUAUUCAAGUCCAGGUAUAAAAUCUCAAACGAUGAUGUCACACUGUGGUUUUAUUUUAUUUUUCCUUGAUCUUUCAUAUUUUCUUCGUCAUUUAAUUUUUUUAUAAUCAAAUUUUAGAUGACUAUCCCAAAAUGAAUCAUAACAUGAAUUUGAAAUAAGAAUAAUUAGAUUGAUACAGAUUUCAGUUUGUAGAACAAGCUCUUUGUAAUCCACUCUGGUGAGUUCUCUUGAAGCCUAAUCCAAGAAUGGGGAUAGCUUAAGUUUCUUGUACGAACAGAAUUUAAUCCUGUUCACUUGAAUCCUGUCCAAUCCUUGAUGUUUCCUUGAAUUUAUUGCAAGCCAAUCUCUUGCAGUUGCAGAAGUCAAUCCACUGUAUCUUAACCUUAGAUACAUUUCAUAAUUUUAACUUAGCUAUUUAUUUUAAGCAGAAAGUAAAUCCAAGACCACUUUCGAUGUAAAUUCACUACAAUUAUCGAACUUAAGUAGAUUAUACGUCUAACCAUUCAAUUGUUGUGCGAUUGUGAACAUAGUUUAUAUCAAUAUCUUCGUUGAUUUUAGAGAUUUCAUUAUUGAACACGAAAAUUUCGUAUAAGGUAUAUUUACAUGUGUUAUCAUCUCCAUAUGAGCGCUUGAUGAGAUUUUUUCAAUAUUUUUGGUAAGAAAUAAAGAUUCUAGUUGUCAGUAAUUUGUUGUCAGCCAGAUGCUCUUCUAGGGAAAGGAUAAGCAGCUUAGGUAAACAAUUUUUAGAAACACUUCACGGAGAGAUAUUGUUUCGAUACCCAAAACAAGUCAAAUGAUAUUUUUCAAAAUCUGACAGCGUUAGGGCUUGGCAAACACUUUUAACAAACCCAGGGCUCGAGAGGGGGAGGGGGUAGAGCCCACAGCCACUCUGCCCUUGUCUUCUCUGCCCGAGGUACUCUUUUCUCCAGCCAUGGUCCCUUCGAGACUGCAAAAAUGUGGAACAAAUCUAAUGCUGUAGUGCACAUCUGAUACAAGCGCAAACGUGACAGGGCAGUUACGUGCACUGCAAGCGAGGCGAGCAGAAAAUUUCUGCGGCCACGCCCUUAAAAUUAGCUUCAAGUACAUUUCAGAAUGUUAUUUGCAGUCGUUUGCCAUUUUUAGGCAUUCUUUGUUGCGUUUCGUUAAAAUUAAGUUCUUAAAUUGGAAUUCCUUGCUUUAAGAGGCCCCUAGACCUUGAAGCCCUGGGUCAGUUUGCCCCUCCUUGUCCUCCUCGGCGGCCCUGUUCACAUUCCACGCAUCUCUUCUACAGAGGCCUGUUUGUCCUGGGUUUUACAAACUCACUUGAAAGGGGUCCACCGGGGAAUUUCCUGUUGUUCUGCUUGGCCACAACGCCCCUGGCGUAUACUAUGAAAUGCUUUGAAACUAUCGAAAAUAAGAGGUUGUUAUGAAAGUUAGAGGUCAGCAAGGCCUAGAUUUUUUCAAAUAAAAUGGGAAACGUGGAUGGCAAAGGGCAAAUUCAAAACCCAUAACAAACGAUUUUAAAAGAGGCUCUU